AUGGAACAAAUAAUUCAUUACACACAUAAAAGUGAUGACUAUCAUCAACAACCAUCACUUCAUUUUAUAGAGAUAGUAUGUCAGUUAUCUAUAGAAAGAGAAGCAAGAGAAUUGGAUAAAAAGGGUUUAUAUCCAACACCUAUCAACAAGAAAGAAAAGAUUUCAACAUCAAAAGCUAAACUUCAAUACAGACAGUACUUCAACAACAUUGAACAACGUGAUACUGAUACUUUACAAAGAUCAUCAGUAUUAGUACCAUGGCUACUUUAUCUUAUCUACAUAUGUCAAUACCCAACUAAAGCUUUAAGAAAGAGACUUGGUUUUAACAAAGACAUAGAGAAAGAAGAGUAUUUCCAAGAUAAUGAAUUACUUGUUCAUUGGUUCAAUAGACUCGAUUGUACUGAUAGACCAUCAGUAAUGAAUGAAAAGAUUUAUUCUAUACUUUGUUCUUUAAUGACAAUGUAUUCAUUACCAAAAGAAACAUACAAAACAUUUUAUACAAUGUUGGAUUGUGAACAAAGUUAUCAUGCCAAAUUAAUUGUUGUUGAUACUAUUGAAAGAUGUAAGGUGGCACUUGAACAUAUCGAUAGAGAUGCAUUUCUAUCUCUGUUGAGUAGAUAUUUGAUGGAUACAAACCUCGAAAUACGAUCACGAUUAUUUGAUCUAAUCACAACCAACCAAUACAACGUCGAAGAACAGGUACUACAGAGAUUAGAGUAUGGUAUCGAAACUAAUUCAUUCAUUCUUGGGUCUCAAUCAAUUUUGUCAACUGUCAUUCCUUUGAUUUCACCAAUUAAUAUAUCAAAUAGAUUACUUUUAAAAUCAAUGAAUAGAAUAAAACUGAUAAGUGAUGGUGACCACCUUGCCAAGGUAGUUGCCUAUUUUAUGGAUAUUGGAAAACAUAUUGGAUUUAAAAGGUUUAACAAACAUCUAUUUAAAUUGAUGGAAUAUUAUAAAUCACAAUACCCACCACCACCAUUACGAAUACUCUGUAUUAUAUUGAGAUCAUUACAAUCUCUUCUUCUUCUUUUACAAUGUUCAAAACAUGGUAGUGGUUGUGGUGGCGGUCAAGACAUAAAGAUUUAUAAUUGUAUAAUAAUGAAACAUAUAGUUAGAAUGAUACAAUCAGAAGGACAUGGAGUACAUUCUAUCCUACCUAUACUAGCCAAGAACGCACCAUCAUACUAUACCUUUUUACUUGGACCUUUGUUUCAGAUUGUUCCUUUAUCGUUGGAGUCAUCAACUAUGUUGACUGAAAUCCUAAGAUCAAAGGUUGCCAAACAAGGUAUUACACAAGAGACUGAACAACUCUUUCUUGAACUGGUGCAGUUAGAGUGUGGAGAAUCAAAGAUACUUGCCAAGUACCCACCACCAAACCUAUCUCAAGUAAUUGAAAUGAUAGAGAUUAUGAAAGCAAGAGGAGGUGGAAUAUCAAUCAUCCCUACCAAAGAGACGCAGGUUAUCUUGGAGUAUUGUAUAGGCGAGGAGAAUAGAGUGUAUACAAUGUGGAAAACAAAGGUUAGAUUUGUAGACAAUCAAUUGGUUAUAGUUUACAGUAAGACCCUAUUCAACGCCUUUUUGUUGUCAACUCAACUUGCUUCCAUCAAUACAGAGUUGUUGCCACAGACACAUAAAAACCAAGAAACCUCCUUUACCAUUUUACCAUUGGUUCAUGCACAAUGGGAAUAUUUAUUUGAAUCAAAUCAUGGUGGUGGAAUGUAUGUACUAUUACAAUACUAUAAACAACUCAUUCCAGUGUGCAUACAAUAUUUUUUUCAUAUGACCAAGACUUGCGUUAUCAUGGAAUGGAGAAAAUCAAGACCCUAUGCCUACUCUUUUUGGAAAAUGCUUAUAUUGAUUUACGAAAACAAUCAAGAACCUAUUGUUAAUGAUAUGUAUAAAUUAAUCAAUCAAUUUAUACCAGAACCACCACCCGAUGAACAAUAUCAAAUCCAACAUUUUAAUCAAUUCCUAAUCGAAACGCUAAGUGAUAUGGUUGCAAUAUCUUUUAGAGUAGAUUAUAAUAUGUCAUCGUUUAUGAAUAUAUUUUCAUCAGCUGCACCUACAACAACAAUAACAACCAAUACUGCUUCAAGCAGUACAGAUACAACUACACCAUCAACACCAUCAGCUUCAACAACUAUCAACACUAGCACUCAUGAUAAUCAACAACAUAUAGUCGAAAGUAAUAUAUGGAAUAUAGGAGUAUUGACUAUUAGUGAUCGUGUUUCACGUGGACAAGCAAUCGAUCAUAGUGGUCCAGAGUUGAUAAACUUGAUAAAAGAACAGCUCAGUCUAUUGGCUGCUGCAACCAACAUCACAGCACCCAAGAUACAAACCACUUACAAGGUAGUCGCUGACGAUGUGAAUGGUAUUCGUGCCUAUGUCAGUCAAUGGGCAUCACAAGGUUUUAGAAUGAUCAUGACUACUGGUGGAACAGGCUUUAGUGAAAGAGAUGUGACACCAGAAGCUAUCAAACCUCUUCUCCACAAAAAGGCACCAGGUAUGGUCAUUGCAAUGAUCAACACUAGUCUAUCGGUCACUCCCCACGCCAUGCUCAGUCGUCCAGUGGCUGGUAUGAUCGACUCGACAUUGGUCGUCACCUUCCCAGGUAGUGCAAAGGCUGUCAGAGAAAACUUUACUGCACUAUUACCUGCUCUUCCACAUGCACUUUCAUUACUCUCAUCCUAUUCAUCUGCUUCUUUACCUGAAAGUCAUAGAUCAAAAGAUUAUAAUCCAUCAUCAAUUAGUAAUACUUCAUCUCCUCAUCAAUCAACCAAUUUUUCUUCUUCUUCUUCAUCUCCAUCAAUAACUCAGAGUCAUAGUGGAUGUGGAGGUCAUCAUCACAGUCAUGGACAUAAUGUAAAUAAUCAGCAACAACAACAACAACAACAUAGAUCAUCAUGUGGAGGAAAUCAUAAAAGAGGAUCAACAUUUCCAAUGAUUGAUGUUGAUAUAGCAAUUGAUAUUAUAUUAAAACAAUGUGAUGAUGUAUAUAAAAAUGAAAAUGAAAAGUAUGAAUCAAAGGCAAUCAUGGAAUCGGUUGGGAUGAUCGUAGCAGAAGAUAUUCAAUCACAGAUUGACUUUCCACCAUUCCGUGCAUCCAUCAAAGAUGGUUAUGCAAUCAGAUCAAAGGAUGGAGCUGGAGAAUAUAUCAUUAUUGCUAGUAGUCUUGCUGGUGGUGGUGAUGCUCAUAAAUUACAACCAGACAACAACAACAAUGACAAUCAAAAGAAAUGUAUUAGAAUUACAACAGGUGCAAUGAUACCGGAUGGAUAUGAUGCUGUUGUCAUGGUUGAAGAUACAGAAUUAAUCAAAUCUACGGCAGAGGGUUCGAAAGAGGAAAGAGUAAAUAUUGAGGUAUCAGUACCAGUGGGAUGUGAUAUUCGCCCAAUUGGUAGUGACAUUAAAAAAGGAGCAGUUGUUAUUAAAAAGGGUGAAAAGAUUGGUAGUGCAGAGAUUGGAUUACUCGCAACACUUGGACACACACAUAUCAAGGUGUAUGGUCAACCACGUAUCACAAUCAUAUCGACCGGUGAUGAAUUGACACAAUUUGAUACCGAGGAAAAGGAUAUCAAGAAUGGUCACAUUAGAGAUUCAAAUUCACCAACACUUGCAUCGGUCGUUGAAGAAGUAUCACAAAACUUUGGUCGUAGUGGUACUGCUUCCAAUGUCAAGCAGUAUGGUAUUGUUCCUGACCGUCUCGAAGAUUUGGAACGUGCACUCGUUGAUAGUGCUGCCACGUCUGAAGUCAUCAUCACUAGUGGUGGUGUCUCAAUGGGUCAGUUGGAUCUAGUCAAGCCACUUCUCGGCAAGCUUGGUACUGUUCACUUUGGACGUGUCAAUAUGAAGCCUGGUAAACCCCUCACAUUUGCAACCAUUGAACGUGACAAUGGCAAAAAGACACUUGUCUUUGCUUUGCCCGGUAACCCUGUCAGUACUAUGGUCACAUUCUACCUAUUUGUCGUACCAGCAUUACGUAAGCUCUGCGGACACUCUAACCACCGUCUGCCACUCGUCCAAGCAAAGUUGGAUGAUCGUAUCAGAAUGGAUCCAGAAAGACCAGAAUACCAUCGUUGCAUGAUCAAGUUUGACAUGGAUCAACACUGCUUUAUCGCCAACAGCACUGGUUCUCAAGCUUCAUGUCGUCUACUCAGCAUGAAACGUGCCAAUGCUCUUUUAGUCAUUCCUCAAAAAGAAGGUUACCUUGAAAAAGGAUCAUCUCUAAAUGCAAUUAUUAUUGGUCCUCUUGUAUAA